AUGGGUAAAAAACAACAUCAGAAGGAUAAAAUGUACCUCACGUACACCGAGUGGUCUGAAUUCUACGGAGGUCACAAACCGGACUCGGUGGAAAAUGAACAGAUAAAGUUCAAAAGAUUGCCAUUCGAUCACUGUUGCCUAUCGAUGGUUCCUUUCGAACAUCCGUACUGCGAUAAGGAUGGCAAUGUGUUUGAAUUGUCUGCAAUCGUGGAGUUUUUGAAGAAAUUCAAGGUGAACCCGGUAACGGGCGCCCCGCUGGAUGGCAAGUCGUUACUCAAGCUGAACUUUACCAAAAACCACGAAGGCUUAUACCACUGUCCCACGUUGUUUAAACCCUUCACGAAAAACUCCCACAUUGUGGCCAACGGAAAGACGGGCAACGUGUUCUCGUGGGAAGCCAUCGAGCAGCUUAACGUAAAGGCUAAAAACUGGAAGGAUCUGCUGGACGAUACACCUUUCCUGAGGAAAGAUCUCAUCACCAUCCAGGAUCCGGGAAGUUUGGAUAAAUUUAACAUUUCCAGCUUCCAUCACAUUAAACAGAGGCUUCGUGUACCGACAGAGGAAGAGCUUGCAGAACGGAAAGACCCACAGGGACGCCUCAAAACGAUUUCGGUCGAGACGAAGGAAAUUUUGACCCAACUCGAAAAGGACUACAAGGCACCAGAGGAGCAAAAAGAGGAGCGCCAAGUGGCGGAUAAGUUCAAUGCGGCCCAUUACUCAACUGGCGCGGUGGCCGCGUCGUUUACCUCCACCGCGAUGGUGCCGGUUUCGAACCACGAGGCGGCCAUCAUCGACGACGACAUCGUGCGGUAUGAGCGGGUGAAAAAGAAGGGCUACGUGCGACUGCUGACAAACUACGGAGCGCUCAACCUGGAACUGUACUGCGAGCAGGUUCCGAAGACGUGCGAAAAUUUCCUCAAGCACUGCCAUAGUGGAUACUACAAUGGAUGUCUAUUUCAUCGGUCGAUCCGCAACUUCAUGAUCCAGGGUGGCGAUCCAACCGGUGUCGGUAACGGCGGAACGUCGGCUUGGGGCAAAAAGUUUGCCGACGAAAUCAAGCCCAAUCUUUCACAUUCUGGCCGAGGCAUCCUGUCGAUGGCCAACUCGGGUCCAAACACAAAUGGAUCGCAAUUCUUCAUCACGUAUCGUUCCUGCAAGCAUCUGGACGGAAAGCACACUAUCUUUGGAAAGCUGGUCGGAGGGCUCGAAAUCCUUACGGAGAUGGAACGCGUGGAAGUGGACAAUCGUGAUCGUCCGAUCGAGAACAUUUUCAUCCAGCGAGCGCAAGUAUUCGUCGAUCCAUUCCAGGAAGUGGACGAGCAGCUCGCCAAAGAGCGGGCCGAAGAACUGGAACGUAUCCAGCGUGAAGCGGAAGAGAAGCGCAACAAAAAUGUUGGUAAAAAAUCCACCCAACCGCUGAAGGUUUUUCGCGCGGGCGUGGGAAAGUAUCUAGAUACAAACGUGACCAAGAUCCUGCCGGAUGUUAAUGAAAAACCGGGCCCUAGCAAUGCGGCAGAACCCUCGAAAGCGAAAAAACGUAAAACGGUCGUCGGAAGCGACGGUUUCGGUAAUUUUAGCUCAUGGUAA